AUGUCGUUGCCGGCACGGCGAUCUAAGUCCGACACGGCCACUGAAAUGACCAAAGCCACCUCUGAUCACCAUCUCAAGCAUGAUAAGAAAAAGAAGUCCAUCAUCCCAAAGAUUUUCAGUUCAAAGCGAACCGGCAGAGGCUCUGAUGAUAACAUUUUUGGAUCAUCCGAUUCCACAGACGAAUUGGAUGAAAAAAUUGCAUCAAGGAGGAAUGCCUUCUCGGAGACGUCUCCGAUCAUGAAAAGAAGCUUCUCAGGUUUUGAGGAUGAGCUCUCUAACUUGGUAUCAGAACUGGGUCUUGGACUACUUGGCCCUUCCCUUAUUUUAAUUGUCUGCAGGAUAUUUGUUGCAACAUGGAAUGUAGGAGGAAAGACUCCCAACAAUGGCCUCAACCUUGAGGACUUCUUGCAGGUGGAAGGCUCUUCAGACAUAUAUGUCCUUGGGUUUCAGGAAAUUGUUCCCUUGAGUGCAGGAAAUGUUCUUGUCAUUGAAGACAAUGAGCCUGCUGCAAAAUGGCUAGUCCUCAUAAGCCAAGCACUCAACAAACCGCACGCCGACGACUCCUAUUGCUCCUCCGAUUCGAGCCAUGGCUCAAGAAUCGCAAACAGCUCGAAGGAACUGAAGUCCCAGGGCAACAACUUCUUCCAAAAGCCUUCUCUCAAAGUCCUCACUAAGAAAUUGAGGGCAGAUGCUAGGAUCCUCAAGAGCUGCAACUGCCCUCUGGAGGGCCCGGCCUCGGAACCGCGGCGGAGGACGAGAAAGCUCAGUGACCACUUGAACAAAGUGGAGUACGUGUCUCCUCCGCCCCGACGUGAUAGCAGCCUCGAUGACUUCUAUGCACUCGCUGGCGUACCCUCCUCGCCUCCCUCGCCUAAAGAAAUGAGUUAUCGCCUCAUAGCAAGCAAGCAAAUGGUCGGGAUCUUCGUCUCGGUUUGGGCUCGAAACGAAUUAGUUGAACACAUUGGCCAUCUCAGAUUGUCCACUGUAGGGAGGGGAAUAAUGGGUUACCUGGGAAACAAGGGUUGUAUAUCCAUAAGCAUGACAUUGCACCAAACCAGCUUUUGCUUUGUGUGCAGCCAUCUGGCUUCAGGGGAGAAGGAGGGGGAUGAGCUGAAGAGGAAUGCCGAUGUAGCCGAAAUCCUGAAGAGCACACAGUUCCGUAACAUCUGCAGGAACCCAGGUCUCCAAAUCCCUGAAAGGAUUAUAGAUCAUGACCGAAUAAUUUGGCUAGGAGAUUUAAACUAUAGGAUGGCUUUGAGUUAUGAGGAAACAAGAAUUCUAUUGGAGGAUAAUGACUGGGACUCCCUCCUUGAAAAGGAUCAGUUGAAUAUAGAGAGGGAAGCUGGAAGAGUAUUUAGAGGGUGGAAAGAGGGGCAUAUUAUGUUUGCCCCAACUUACAAGUAUACCCAUAAUUCAGAUUCAUAUGCCGGAGAAACUGUCAAAUCCAAGAAAAAACGCCGAACUCCUGCAUGGUGCGAUAGGAUAUUAUGGCGUGGGAAUGGCAUUGAACAAUUAUCGUACAUUCGAGGGGAGUCAAGAUUCUCGGACCACAGGCCAGUGUGUGCAGUUUUCACAGUGGAGGUGGAGUUGAGGAACAAAGCAACAAGGUUUCGAAAGGGUUACUUAUGUGCUAGUACAAGAAGUGAUCAGUAUAAUGAAAGUAUACCACAAAGGCAUAGUUUCUAUGACCUCUUCUAA